AGAACAGAGUAAUGUCUUGUAUGCAUGUUGACCUCGCGGCAGAGGCAGUUUAUAUAGACGACUCGACUGGACCCAUUCACAGACCAUAUACGGUGACUUGCACAGACAGUGGAAUUACCAGUGUACACAUUGCUGGGCGCGGCAACAAUGUGACGUGGAGCAGCGGCGUUUGAGGGCAGCUGAUAGGGUACAGCGCAGGGCGAACGGAACGCGGGCCUAUUGACGAAGGCGUGUUGCCUAUCAGAAGCAGUGAAUGGAGCAAGACGCAGUCACCGGGUACUGUAGGCGUGGCGAGAAGCAACGGGAAGGGCAAGAUGGGUUGGAGUAGGGUGACACGACGAUGGGCGGACGCGGGACGAAGUGGUGGU